GCGGUUGAAACCAGUUCUUCUCCUUGUUGCGCUGAGCUAAGCUGCUCACAAAUGUGGCGACGGGCAUUCCUUAUCGGCCUGAUGAGUGCUGUUAUAUUAUGGAUUAGCCGUGUGGAGAUACCGCUGCCGUACCCCGCGCAUCACUUCAUUUUCAAGGAUUUUGACCCCGCGCUGCUGCCCACCAACCCCAUGCCACUCGAGGGUCCGUACGCUCCGAAUGAGAUUCUCCGUAAGGGGCACCGCCUUUUCGAUGGUGUCAUUCAGUCCUCAGAGCACGUGGCCAUUUCUCCGGAAGGUAACCUCACGCUGAUUGACAAGUUUGGCUACGUCUACGAGGCCGCGCCAGCCACCAGUGUCCCCGGCGCCGUGUACCCCGAGGAGUGGGCUCCGGACCUCCCCCCCGUGGCCUACAUCGGCCCCGCGGGUCGCCCCCUGGGAUUCCACCACGACGGCGCGGGGAACCUCAUCAUAGCGGAUGCGCUCAAGGGGCUCCUCAAGUUGGAGCGGGGCACCCGGCGCCUCGAGCUGCUCACCAGCCGGGUGAGCCCUGAUGCGGCUGUGGCCCCGGGCAGCCCCAUCAACUACGUCAACGCACUGGACAUCGCGGAGGAUGGAACCAUCUACUUCAGCUCCUCGCAGGCGCGUCUGGGCACCCAUAAUCCCCGCAUCUAUGUGUCUGUGGUGCCCAUGUACCCGGGUACAUUGUGCGACGUCCCCGUGGGUCUGUCGCUGUUAAAGCCCGCCUUCUACGACACCUUCAGGUCGUACCUCCUGGGCCUGUACGGGGGUUCCAUCAGCGGUCGGCUGCUGAAGUACGAUCCAUCCACUCGCCGUACGGAGCAACUGGUUUCGGGGCUGUGGUUCGCCAACGGUGUGGCGCUGUCCGCUGACGAGUCCUUUGUGGUGGUUGUUGAGACGACCCGCGUGCGGGUGCACAGGCACUGGCUCAAGGGGCCCCGGGCGGGCACCACUGAAGUCCUCAUCGACCGGCUCCCCGGCUUCCCAGACGGGAUUGCACGCGCCUCCGACGGCAAUUUCUGGGUGGCGCUCGUGGCCCCGGUCACGUCCGUGCCCAAGCUGCUGCGGUUCAAGUUGGCGCGGGUCCUUCUGGCGAAUUUGCCCACAUGGAUAAAGCCUCCAGUGUCCAGAUGGGGCGCCGUACUAAAGAUCAGCCCGGAUGGCAAGCCGCUGCAGUUGCUCAUGGACCCCGACGGCAGCAAGAUUGGCUUUAUCUCGGCGGUUACGGAACACGACGGAAAGCUCUUCUUUGGCAACGUCAAGGAGGACUACGUGUCGUACUUCGACUUGCGAGAUGCUUCCCCGCUGAAGCAGCAAUAGCAGCUGUAGCAGCUGUAGUCGUCAUGUAGGCGAUGAUGCUGUUGCUUCUACCACUUCUACAGCUGUAGGGCAGCUGAGCGGUGUUUAGUUAUGCGCCAUGUUGCAGUCUGGACGGAUUGCGGCGUGGCGGCACGCAGAAGUGUCAUGCACCAUCCUUGCUCUCUGCGCCUUCCAUCCUGCGGUAUAUGUCUUGCGGUGAUGAGGGGCCGUAACUGUUUACUUCCAGUUGAGCUGAUGUGCUGUGCGGUUGUGGCGGAGAAAGGAGGAAAAGUGUUGUUUCAUGUGGAGUCGGUUUUAUUUUGAGCUCUUCGUGAGAGAAAGCGUCUCGGGAGAGGUCGUCUUGUCCAAGGAUCGCACAACCGUACGGCCGUACGGCAUUUCCUCCAGCCUUGCUUGGCACUACAUAUCUCCCAAGGGUUUAUGUGCAGAGCGGUGUGCAUUGAUCAUCAUUGUUUUGGAACAAUAGUUAUCUUGACCGCUGCUUGUGUGGCAAUGGUCUGUGUGUGUGUGUGUAUCGACAUUGUUCUUCUUUCGUUUCCUUCGUAACAUAUACGUGCAUAUCAUUGGGAUGGCGAUGGGUGCGGUCGCAUGCGUUCUUUGGGGUUCGUAAAUGAUUGCCGUGCGCACGGCAUGCCGCGCAUUUUUCCUUCUGCUGCUUCUUGUACAUAUUCUUCCCCUUUC